AUGUCAAACAAGCAAAAGACAUACUUCCUGUGCCCUGGCUGGGAUUUCCCUGUGGACUCCAUCCAACUCGGUGCUAUACUGUCAAACCCGAAUUUCCCCCACAAGACUAUUACAAGCGCAGAAGACAAAAAUCUUAUCGAUACACCUAUUUACGUUUCACAUAAGUACAAUUUUAGCGACAAGUUCGAAAAAUCAAAGUCCCAUAAAUAUGGAUUUUUCGCUCAGUUUCUUCAGAUCUUCGGUCUUGGUGGGGAAGCCAGUGUUUUGUUCGAGAAAGGAUCGAUUGAGACGUACGCAUUCAAGCAUAUGAAGACGGAAUGGUUCCUGCCCAGCGAAUCUUUUGCUAAAGCGAGCUCAGAACUCCCCCGAGUCGCAAGCUUCUUCGACAGAACUGAUUUUGAGAAGCCAGUCUACAUUAUUACUGGACUCAAAGUAGUGCAGGGGGCGAGCGUUACGACAAACCCGAAAAAAUCUCGAACCCUCCAAGGGAAGCUCGGAUUUGACGGCACACCCAUUGGAGUUCCAGUCACUAUCGGGCCAGAGGCAGAGCAUACGAAGUCAAUAGAAGGCACAACAGGAUUUGAGAGGUCAUCACCGGUCGUGUUUGCUUAUCAGUUGAGCGAAUUAUGGUGCAAGGGUGGUGGGGAGGAACCUGUGUUGAAAGACCAUACUGCGGGCGCAAUGUUCGAGCUGGGUGACGGAAAGACAACAGCAGAGAUGGAGACGGAGAUUUCGGAUGGAAUGGGAAAAGCUUUGGUAGACGGGAGAGAAUUUGUGUCGGUGAUUGAUGAAGAUAGCGCCGAAGAUUGCGUCUGCAUUUUGCCAACAAUUCCUCGUUGA